UAUAAAUAAGCGCCAUGUCUAAUGAGCUUUCCUAACCCCAUCUACUUAAUAACUACUUACUUUCACAAUAUCUGCACAAGAUGUUUUUCAAAAGAAAUUCUACUGACACACCAAAGCCGCCAAAGCAUGCUCCAGAUAGGGAUACUAUCCCAAGCCUAGAGGACCUAGGUGUUCAGCUCCAUCCCGAUACUGCUCGUUAUGUGGCAGACAGUGAGGCAUUGGCCCAUGCAAUUGGCGGCAACGGCCUCAAAGAUGUAUUCAGCAGUGGACUUGUUUUGAUUGCCUCCUUUGCCACUUGUAUGGGUGGCCUGCUCUUUGGUUUCGACCAGGGUAUUCUUACCAUCGUCCUUACCAUGAAACAAUUCCUUGGGCAAUUCCCAGAUAUCGAUCCCGACGUCAGCUCUUCCGCGGCCUUCCACAAAGGACUCAUGACUGCCCUUUUGGAACUUGGCGCUUUGAUCGGAGCCCUUCAAGCGGGUUUCGUUGCAGACAAGUAUUCUCGUAAAUCGGCUAUCGGUCUCGGUUCUGUGUGGUUCGUCAUUGGAGCUAUUCUGCAGACCUCAUCCUUCUCUUAUGCUCAACUGGUUGUCGGCCGAUUAGUAGGCGGUCUUGGUGUCGGUCUUCUCUCUGCUGUGGCCCCAAUGUAUAUUAGUGAGAUUGCACCACCAAACAUCCGGGGCGCAUUGCUUGCCAUGGAGGCUACUACCAUUAACGGUGGUAUCGUCAUCAUGUUCUACAUUACUUAUGGCUCUCGACACAUCCCCGGUGACUGGAGUUUCCGACUUCCUUUCCUCGUUCAGAUUGCCCCCUGUAUCCUCUUGAUAUUCGGUCUCUGGAAACUCCCAUAUUCACCGCGAUGGCUUGCUCAGGCAGGUCGCGACGAAGAUGCCCUCCACGCUCUCGUACGUCUUCGAGGAUAUCCUGCCACCGACCCUCGACUUCAGGCCGAGUGGAUCAGCAUCAGGGCGGAGGCCAUCCAGAACCGAGAGGUUAUUGUCAAGAGCCAUCCUUCUCUUCAAGGCGAGGACUUUAUGUCCGAAUUCAAACUCGAGAUUGCUUCUUGGAUCGACAUGUUCAAACCGAAGCUUAUCAGGCGAACUAUCAUCGGUCCCACCUUGAUGAUGUUCCAGCAGUUUUCUGGUAUCAGUGCUCUCGUCUACUACUCCCCUACUCUCUUUGAGCAGCUCGGCCUCGACUAUACAAUGCAGCUUGACAUGAGCGGUGUCCUUAACAUUAUUCAGUUUGUCGCCACGGGGCUUGCCUUUUUCAUUCUUGACCGAGUAGGACGAAAACCUCCUCUCCUUUUCGGAUCUGUGGCCACCACUAUUUGCCAUGUAAUUGUGGCGGUCAUUAUGGCUAAAUUCAGUCACGAUUGGGUCCGGUACAACAAGGAGGCAUGGGUGGCUGUGGCCUUCAUCUUCAUCUACAUCUUCUCUUAUGGUGUGGGUUGGUCUCCGGUACCUUGGGCCAUGCCUGCCGAGGUUCACACGUCGAGUCGCCGAGCCAAGGGUGUCGCCAUUACAACCGUCUUCAACUGGUUGGGUAACUUUAUCAUUGGUCUCAUCACACCACCUAUGCUUGAAAACAUUAAGUACGGCACUUUCAUUUUCUUCGCCACCUUUUGCUUCCUUUCUGGUCUCUAUGUCUGGUUCUUCUGCCCUGAGCCCAUGGGUAAAACGCUCGAGCAGAUGGAUCAAAUCUUCCACUCCAACACUGCUCAUGAAGACAACCUAGCUAAAUCGGAUAUUCAGGCGGCCAUCUUGGGCAUUUCUAUUGCUGGACCAUUAUCCGGUUCUGCCAUUGCUGGAAAGGUCGGCGACAAGGAUAUUCAGCAGGAGUGGAUAGAGAACGCUUGAUCUCAGAGAUGCUCAAAUUGUUUUAUGUUGGUAUUAUUAUUUGUAGCUCAGAAUAAGGAAUCAGAAGAAUCUGAAAGGAGCGUGUUUAGUCAUAGAGGAUACAUACGUAUGGCUCGUGUUUACAUUAUUAGU